CCAACAAUGGCAUCUUUCACGAUUUGUUUGUGUUGAAUACGUGACAAAGUUUAAAUUUACAGGAUAAGGAACAAAAUUGUGUAAUAAGAAAAAGGCAGACAACAAAACAUGGGAGUACCAGCAUUCUUCCGGUGGCUCAGCCGCAAAUACCCGAGUGUGAUCGUGGAGUGCAUCGAGCAAAGACCUCAGGAUGCGGACGGUGAGUUGGUGUACUGUGACUCGUCGUUGCCUAAUCCGAACGGCGUGGAGUUCGACAACUUGUACCUGGACAUGAACGGGAUCAUCCACCCGUGCACGCACCCGGAGGACAAGCCGGCGCCGAAGGACGAGGACGAGAUGAUGGUGGCCAUCUUCGAGUGCAUCGACCGCCUGUUCCGCAUCGUGCGCCCGCGCAAGCUGCUCUACAUGGCCAUUGACGGUGUGGCCCCCAGAGCUAAAAUGAACCAGCAGCGCUCCCGCCGUUUCCGUGCCUCCAAGGAGACCCAGGAGAAGAUUGAGGAAGUGGCCCGCAUCCGCUCCGAGCUGCUAGCCAAGGGUGCUUACCUGCCCCCUGAGAGGCCCAAGGAGGCUCACUUUGACUCCAACUGUAUCACUCCGGGGACACCCUUCAUGGACAGACUCAGCAAAUGCCUGCAUUAUUAUAUUCAUGAUAGAUUAAACAAUGACCCGGGCUGGAAGGGCAUCAAAGUGAUCCUUUCAGACGCCAAUGUCCCUGGAGAGGGUGAACACAAGAUUAUGGACUAUAUUCGCAGACAGAGAGCGCAACCCGACCACGAUCCUAACACGCAGCACGUUCUAUGCGGCGCCGAUGCUGAUCUCAUCAUGUUGGGGCUCGCCACACAUGAGCCUAACUUCACCAUCAUCCGUGAAGAGUUCAAACCUAACAAACCACGCCCCUGCGAUAUUUGUGGCCAGCUGGGUCACGAGAUGAAAGAGUGCACGGGCAGCACCCCGGAGGCAGCCCUGGUGCGCUCCGACCCCGCCUUCGGCAAUCAGGACUCCUUCAUCUUCGUGCGCCUCUCCGUCCUGCGGGAGUACCUGGAGAAGGAGCUCCAGAUGCCCAACCUGCCCUUCCCGUAUGACUUCGAGAGGGCGCUCGAUGAUUGGGUGUUCAUGUGCUUCUUCGUGGGAAAUGAUUUCUUGCCGCAUCUACCCAGUUUGGAGAUCAGAGAGGGGGCUGUGGACAGAUUGGUUAAUCUGUAUAAGAAGUGCGUUUUUAAAACUAGGGGUUGGAUCACGGACUCGGGCGACGUGAACCUGGACCGCGUGCAGCUCAUCAUGGACGAGCUGGGCCAGGUGGAGGACGAGAUCUUCCGCCGCCGCCACGCCAACGAACUCAACUUCAAGGCCAGGGAGAAGGCCAAGAAGAGGCAGCAGCAACGGCCGAAUUUUAACAUGCUGAAUAACACCCAGUUUGCUCCUAUGGCUGUGGUGGGGUACGGAACGUCGACGCAGCCGGUGCAGAACGCGCGCGAAGAAGCCGCGAACAUGCGCCGCGCCGGCAUGCAGGCGGAAACGCAACAAGAGACUGAGCCACGCGGUCGCAAGCGCACAGCCGAGGCCGCCGGGCUGGACGAGGAAGACGACGCUCACGACGAGGUCCGGCUCUGGGAGGAGGGCUUCAAGGAGCGGUACUAUGAGAGCAAGUUCGAGGUGGCCAGAGACAACCUUGAAUUCAGGUACCGCGUGGCGUUGCAGUACGUGCGCGGUCUGUGCUGGGUGCUGCGCUACUACUACCAGGGCUGCGCGUCGUGGAAGUGGUACUUCCCCUACCACUACGCGCCCUUCGCCUCCGACUUCGUCAACGUCUCCGGCCUCUCCACCAAGUUCGAGAAGGGCACGCAACCGUUCCGUCCUCUCGAGCAGCUGAUGGGCGUAUUCCCGGCGGCCAGCUCGCAGCACGUGCCGAAGCCGUGGGCCACGCUGAUGAGCGAUCCGUUCUCGCCGAUCAUCGACUUCUACCCAACGGACUUCAAGAUCGACCUGAACGGCAAGAAGUUCGCGUGGCAAGGCGUCGCCCUGCUGCCGUUCGUGGACGAGACUAGGCUCUUUAAGGCCUUAGAGCCUUACUACAAGGAGCUCACACAGAUAGAAAUAAAACGCAACAUUCGCGGCCAUGACCGCUUCUACGUGUCCACCGGCAACAAAAGCUACGAAUAUCUCCUCGGCCUCUUUAAGGCGGCCGGCAAAGACCUGCGCCACCUCAUAGACAAGGAGCAGAGAUACCCGUACCGGUGCGAGGGAGUGAGAGGGGACGUCAUGCUCAGCGCCGACUGCGUUUGUAUUGGCGGCCAACUAGCCUCACCCGUCAUCGGCCUACCUCCAGUGCUCGGCAACCAAGCGGUCUGCGUCCGCUUCCAAGACCCUCAGUUCCCCGACGACUUCAUCUUUCCAGCGAGAAGACUCCAGGGCGCUGUAGAACCUGGCCGAGUGCUGAAGCCAGGAGACCUGUCCCACCAGGAGAACAGAAACUGGAGGCCACAGAUAGGAAUGGUGCGGUCCAACACGGUAGCGAGCCUCGAAGCCGCCGGCCGGAGGAUGCUCGGUCACCAUCUACCAAGAGAUAGGGACCGCUCAUACGGGAACGUGCCGCCACCACAACACCAGCAGCAUAAUCGCUCACAAUCAGGCCCAGCGGCGGCCGGCCCCCACCGCGGUGGCUACGUAGCCUUCAACCAGCAGGGCUACAACCAGGGCUACCCUAGCCAGAGCCAGGGCUACCCUAGCCAGAACCAGGGCUAUCCUAGCCAGAACCAGGGCUUCAAUCGACAGAACCAGGGGUACCAGCAGCGAGAUCGAUUUGGGAAUCAGCAGGGCGGAUACCAGCAAAACAGGUACAACCAAGGAGGUUACCAACAGAGGCAAGACGGCUACCAGCAGCGGCAGGACGGCCAACGAUACAACCAGAAUCAGAACCAGAGGCAAGGCUACUCCUCUCAAGGUCAGAGCCAAGGGCACCAAGGUCAGAGCCAAGGGUACCAAGGUCAGAGUCAGGCGUACAACUCGAGGCAGGGCCAGGGACGCUCCACGUGGCGAUAACCAUCUAGUUUACAAGUAAAUAGUUUAUUUUCAUUUGAACAAAUGAUAAUUUGCGUUGGGACUAUGUCAUGCAAUAUUCACAUGUGGUGACCUUGAUUUGAAUUGGUACGUAUGAAUGUUGGUCACAGAAUUCAUAAAUUAUGAAUUCAUUACCAAUUGUAAUUUUGAGGAUUAAGCAAUAUUCUUCACCUUUACUUCAUUGCAACAUAGAUUACUUAUUACAAACUGAAACUUACUAUUAGACUUUCUGUGGGUUACUUUAAAACCAACUUAUGUAUACAGUAUUGUAAAGAAUCAAAUACCGAAGACGUAUAAUAUCACAAAUUUAUUCAUGUUAUUAUUAUUAAAAUGAUUGUGGUCCUAUAUAAUUCACCAUGCAAUUUGUCUUAUAAAUUUAAUUAAAAAGUCGUGGUUUAUUUUUAAAAUAAAAUGUUUUGCAAUUAUUCAUUGAAACAAAUAGUCGAAAGAAAGUUUAUAUCUGUAAAAAAAUAAUAUAAAGUGUGACUUAAUUAUUAUAAGAAAUACUUACGUCUCCGAACUGUACUUUAAUGUAAGCAAAUUUCGUGAAGACUGACGAUUAUAAAUUUAGUUAAUACCUACCUAUUCUUUCUAUAUUUUUAAAACAAAUACAUUUCAGAUUCAUCUGAAGUUACCAUCCAUUUAUUUAAAAAAAAAUGCAAUCAUCCCUGUAUAAAUUUGUUUUAAACCAUCUCCAGAUGAUUUACUGCACAGUAAUGAUAAAAUGUAUAUUAUAAUAUGUUAAAUAAUUGAAAAGAAAUUCAACACAAACCUAAAUAAAAGACUUGACACAAACACA